AACACACAGCUCUAAAAUUCUGAAUAGGCCUUGAUUUUAAAUAUUGGUUGAAAUUUGGAAGGGGAGGUUAAACCAUUGCAGAAGAAUUUGUAGAGACCAAAGAGAGAGAUGAAGAAGAGAUCAACGAGAAAGUCAUCGGGGGCGACUUCAAAUCGAUCACCAAGCGAAUCUCCGCCGAAGUUCAAGUUCAAUUUCAGCUGCUUCAAUAACGUUUCUACAUCAUACUCGUCGCCAAUGAAGAACACCAGCAACCUGAACAUCAUAUCAUCUCCAGAGCCGCCUACCGGAAUAUCACCUGCGCCUCCACUAACGUCACUGAGCAAAGCACCUAGCACAAUCGCUGAUCUGAAGGAAAUGGCGUCCUCCAAUGUCGAUUCUAUCAAGCGUCACUUGGAUUUUUCGCACUCCGAGAUACUCAAGGACAUGGAAGCUUCUCACUCACGUCUUCACAAGAGAUUUAAGAUUCAAAACCAAGCAUGUCAGGAAACAAUGAAUGAAGCAGAGAAGGAAUUCAUGAAGAUGAAUGACCGAAUAAAGGAAACUCGUGAUGCAAUGAAGGCAUCAUAUAUGGAGUUGAUAGCAGAAACACAAGCCAGCACUAAUUGUGUGUGCAAAACAACCAUUCCUGAACUUGUGCAAUCUGUGGAUAGAUCCAUUGAUGCUUUGAAGAGUCGUUAUGGGAUUGCAUCAACUUCAUCAUAGCUUUACAGGAAUUAAUCAUGAAUAAGGUUUUGUUAGUCGCUGAACAGGU